AUGGCGGAAGCAGUAGCUGGUCUGCUCACGUCCGGUUUCGUUAAGAUCGCGACAGCUAAGCUGGGCUCUGCCAUCGGGGAUCAGGCCAGUUUGCUGUGGAACUUCACCGACGACCUGGAGGGCAUGAAGAAUGUUCUUGAAAUCAUCUCGGAAAAGCUGGAGGACGCCGAGAGGAGGUCAAUCAAGGAGAAUCGAGUGCAGCUAUUGCUGAAGCGGCUCAAGGACGUCGCCUUAGACAUCUCCGACGUGCUCGAAGACUACCAAGACACACGUGACCAAGCAACUGCAAAGAACCCUGGGGUGCUCUCGUGUAUCCCAACUGCAUACAAGAAGAUUGCCAUCGCUAAUAGGAUGAAGAGUUUGAGAAAAGAGCUGAUGAAAAUCAAGAUGGAAUUUGGUAAUUUUGAGAGCAUCAGCACACAAGGCACUAGCACUAAUGUUCAGCUUCCUGACAAACGUGUGACAACAUCAUAUUUUUUGCCUGAAAAAGUAGAAGGGAGGGAAGGAGAAAAACAGGAAAUCAUAAACAUGUUGUUACAUGCAAGAUCAAACCAUGAUGAGAGUGAGACAGUGAUUGUUCAUAUCUAUGCCCUCGGAGGUAUGGGCAAGACUACUUUGGCACAACUGGUUUAUGUCUCCCAAGAUUUCAAUUUAUUGAAAAUAGGAAACUCUAUAAUUUCUCAACUACAACGAGAAGGAGCCCACCAAAAUAGGGAUCUCCAGAAUACAGAUCUGCAGGUGAUAAUGGACUGCCUUGAUAACCUACUCUGUAACAAGAAAGUUCUGAUCGUUCUAGAUGACUUAUGGGAGACAGAUGACGAUGAGUUGAGCAAACUGAAAAAUAUGCUUCGUGUGGGCAAGAAGGGCAGUACGAUAGAUGUCAUAGUAACCACACGAGAGGAAGGAAUUGCAAAGAAAGUUUCCACCAGUAAACUACAGCCUUUGAAGGAUGUUGUAUGCUUACUAUAUAAGCUACAGCCUUUGAAGGAUGUUGUAUGCUGGGAAAUAAUUAAGCGAUCCAGUAAGUGUAACCAAAAGGAAUUUGAGAUGAUAGGAUUGGAUAUUGCAAAGAAAUGUGGAGGUGUGCCAUUGGCAGCUCAAGCACUUGGGGGCAUGUUACAAUCCAAAGAUCUAUCUGAGUGGACAAAUAUAAAUGACAGUGAUAUCUGGAAUGAAACAUCAAACCAUAGAGUGCUUCCAUCCUUGAAGUUGAGUUAUCACAGGAUGCCACAGCAGCUGAGGAUGUGCUUUUCCUAUUGUGCCAUAUUCUCAAAAGGACACAGUAUUGUUGAACAUGACUUGAUUCACCAAUGGAGCGUGCUGGGUUUCAUUGAGAGAAAGAAGGGGAAGGAAUACAUCGAACAACUUUUGAGAAUGUCCUUCCUUGAAGUUUCAAAGAUACCCUCGACUUCUCAAGAGCAAGUGGUGCGGUACACCAUGCAUGACCUGGUGCACGACCUGGCAAGAUUGACAAUGGUUGACGAGCUAAUAGAUUUCACUGCACAGGAGAGAAAUACACUUGGCCAGAAAUAUUGUCGCUAUUUAUUGCUCAAUUAUGACCAGACAAUGAAGUUGGCAAGUACUUUUCCUUCGAAGAUUAGGUUACUUCGAUUCUCAGAUAGUGGCGAACUGGAUAUACAGAGUGGUGCAUUUUCAUUUGCGAACUGCCUGCGUGCUUUGGGUUUCUGUGAAUGCUCUGGUACAUUGUUUCCAGCUUCAAUUGGCCAACUGAAGCACCUGAGGUGUUUUAUUGCUCCAAGAAUGCAAAACGAGAGUCUCCCGGAGUGUAUCACUGAGCUAUCAAAACUGCAGCACCUAAACAUAAAUGGAUCUUCUCAGAUUCGUGCACUGCCAGAAUCAAUCGGCAAGCUUGGAUGUCUGCAAUAUAUAUGUUUGUCUGGUUGUUCUGGUAUAUCAAAACUGCCAGAAUCAUUUUGCGACUUAAAAUGUAUGGUGCAUCUUGACAUGUCAGGCUGCUCUGGGAUAAAGGAACUGCCAGACUCGCUUGGUAAGCUCAGGAAUUUGCAGCAUCUUGACUUAUCUGGAUGCUCAAGUGUAAAAGCAAUACCUGAACCCUUGUGUGGCCUCACACAACUCCAAUAUUUAAACAUGUCAGACUGUGAAAAAAUCAGAGAACUUCCAGAGUCACUGAUGAACCUCCAAAAUUUGUUGCAUCUAGAUUUGUCAUGCUGCACCAAAAUGCGGCACCUGGGAGGUGUGCGUGGCCUCACCACACUACAGCACCUGAAUAUGUCACGGGUAUGGGUAUUUGAUAUUGGUCUUCAAGAUUUAUCAGAUGUUUUGGCCAACCUCACGAAUCUCAAGUACUUGGGCCUAAGCAAUUCAAUCAUACACGGCAGGGCUAGUUAUGUCUUCCCUUAUGGGAUCGGUGGCCUUACCAAUCUGGAGCACCUGGACCUAUCUUAUAAUUAUAAUAUUGCAUGUCUUCCAGAAAGUAUUGGUAACCUCAAAAGAUUGCAUACACUGGAUCUUACGGAAUGUUCUUUCCUUAAGUCCCUACCAGAGAGUCUAGGUACACUUGGGGGGCUGAAGUCUUUAUUGCUGGACGGGUGCUCGGAUAAACUCAUCGAUCAGGCCAGUUCAGUGGUAAAUUACUCACCAAUGUUACCAAUCUUCUGGGUUUGUGCUGAUGAGGUCAAUGGUUGCAGCAAUCUUCAUCUGCUCGAGGGUGUCCAUGUCAGUGUGUUACGAAUACAUUCUCUUGAAAAUGUAAGGUCUCUAGAAGAAGCAAAUAAAGUAAAGUUGUCUGACAAACAUAAUCUCUCGGAGUUAACAUUGGCUUGGUCGACCAAGCGUGCGGUUCAAACUUUGGAGGACAAAGAUUUGUUGGAACAACUAGCGCCACCAACAGGUUUGAAGAGCAUGUACCUCAAAGGUUACAGCUGUACAAGCUUUCCAGGCUGGCUCAUGGAUAUUUCUCGACACCUCACAAACCUUGUUUAUAUUCGGCUGCAAGAUCUGCCUAAGUGUAGCAACCUGCCACCACUUGGGCAGUUUCGGCACCUGGAAAAGCUGUCGCUCCGGAAUUUGCCUGGCAUUAAAAGAAUCGACAGGGAAUUCUGUGGUGGCAAAGGAGCAUUCCGUCGAUUGUCAUCCUUCCAUGUCUCCAAAAUGGAUGGGUUGGAGGAGUGGAAUACAACAUACUCUGUUGAGGAGGGUGUGGAGGAGUUCAUGUUCCCUGUGCUGGACAGUCUGACUAUAGAUGAAUGUCCGAGGUUGAGGUUGAAACCAUGCCCACCAACAUUUCAUGAGUGCUAUAUAGAAUACAGCGACAAAGUUAUAUCUUCAUUGGAGGUAGACAAAACCAAUCAUCACUGUUCUUCCUCUAGUCCAGCCAUCAAAUUGGAUUUGACACUAUCGGGCGACUCCUGCAUAAGGCUAUUUCAUCACUUCCCUCUACUCCGAGAGUUGACAAUCACUGGAGGAGAUUACCUGACGAACGUUCCGGAAAGCAUGCGCAGCCUCACUUCCCUUGAGUCGUUGACGUUGCAAUGCUGCUAUGGCAUAUCAGCACUGCCUGAAUGGCUAGGCGACCUCUCCUCUCUAAAAAGCCUUGUCAUCGUUAGCUGCAGCAUCAUGUCGUUGCCUGCAUCUAUACAGCAACUCACCAAGCUUCAGAAGCUAGAGAUUAGGUACUGCACCCAGGAACUGAAGGAGUGGUGUGAAUCAGAAGAGAACAAGGCGAAGCUGGCUCACAUAAAUAAUUUUCAAGUUUUCGAGGAACAGGACUCUGACUCUGAAUCUCCGUCCUGUGACUCCGUCUCUCCCCCGAAUCUCCGUCCUGUCAACACCCAGCAAAAUUCUACCACUCCCCCGCUGCAGCCGGCCACUGCUCCAAGCGCUCUGGCUCUACCUUGGUAUGUAAUUUUUUUGAGGAAACUUUGGUAUGGAAUUGGGGGUGUGCCUGACGUCGCGGCUGUGCAUGAGCCGGGCCCUGAGCUGCCGGUGACUGGCCUGGUGACCGACACCACCACGCCGGUCCCUGAACGGGCAAGUGCGUUUGCCACCCUGGCUAUGGACGGGCCCCUAGUUUUCCAUCCGGGCGCCACUGAACAACAUGAGAGCCAGGCACGUAAACGCCCUGUCCGGCGCAAGCGUGCGACAGACAGUGCUCGUAAGCCCCGCCGCAGCACUCGUCUCAUGGAGAAGGAGGAGCCCAGCUUCGAGUUCCCUGCGAACAAGGCCUCCCGUCUUCAGAAAGCUAAAUUUGACUUCUCCGGUGCGUCGUCUGGACGCCUUCGUACUGCCCUUGCUCGUUCUCAUCUGCUCUCUAACCCUAUGUCCCCCUCAGGUGACGAUGAGAACCUCGUCAAGGUCGCUGCUAGUCUCUCGGGUGUGGCAGCCUCGCCGUCCCUGGCGGAAUGA